CGCAGGCUCGGCGGGGCGGUGCGGCGGGCGCGCAAGAUGGCGGCCGGCAGCGGCCGCUGCGUGUGGAGAGUUCUGGCCCCGCACUGCCGGUGGGCUUUGGCCGGGCUCCGCCAGCCGCUCGCCGCCGCCUCGCCUCGCCCCCCGCAGCCCGUCUGCUGCUACGCUGCGGCCGCCAAAAGUGCAAAAAGAGGUUCACAAAAGGCCAAGCAGGAAGAAACAAAAAAGAAAAAAGGAAUUAUCAGGCGGCCUCUGAUGAGCAAGCCAGUGGAUGAUGUGUACCUGACGUGGCUUUACAAGCGGCCGUCCUAUAACGUAGAAGAGGCUGUCGGUAUGCUGAAGAAAUUUCAGGAACUAGACUUCACAUACCCAAAACAGUAUGUGUAUAUUAAUGUGUUUCUAGAUAUGGCGCAGCAGAAGAAGAAAAAAGUAGAUCCGUUUGCAAGCACUGUUCUUCUUCCGUAUCGCUUUACAGAUGAAGUGAAUAAGGUCCUGGUUUUCACAGAGAAUGAGCAAGAAGCUGAAAUAGCUCGAGAGAAUGGAGCUGCUGUUGUAGGAGGAGUUGAAUUAAUCAAAUGGAUUUUGGAAGAUGAAAUCCAAGUGGACUCCUAUGUAGCUGUUCCGGCAAUAAUGCCUAAACUAAUACCAUUAAGAGGCAAGCUAAGACGAAAAUACCCCAGCACAAAAAGAAAUUCCCUGGGCCACGAUAUCCCCAAAAUGCUACAACUCUUUAGAGAAGGUCUAGAGUACACGGUAGAAGACGAGCGUGUAAUCAAGACAAGAAUAGCAAGACUGGAUAUGCCUACUGAGCAGAUAGUUGCCAAUCUAAAAACAAUUUUAGAGGAUAUCUGCAAAUUCAAGCCAUCAAGUUCUGGUCCCUUUGUGCAGAAGUUGGUUAUUAGAUCUUCAACCAGUGAAGGCUUGCUAUUGAACCUUGAUGGACUUCUUCCUGAGGUAGAGAAAGUAGAAGAAAAAGAAGAGGAAGAAACAAUGGAAGGAGAUGAUGAAGAAAAACCUGUUCAAGAAUCCGUUAGUACCUGAUGCCUUUCCUUGUAGAUCUGAUGAUCAGGCUUGGAAAGCUAAUGGUGGAUUUCAAAUCAUAUUCCGUGAAAAGGAAAAAUAAAUACACAAGUUUCAUUUUUAAA